AUGAGAAAAUUUUCGCAUUAUUCAUCGACAUUAAUUUUAUUAUUAAUUCCGCUAAUUGGAGUUUUUGGUGAAUUUCCGGAAGAUGUGGUCAGAUGUCACCACAGUGACAGCGAGUGUCUACUUAAAACGACUCAAUAUAUUCUGAAUAAAUAUCCUAAGGGUUUGCGUUCCUUAAAUCUAAUACCGUUCGAUCCUUUACAUAUCAAAUCGUUAUUAAUUGAAAGAAAUUCCGAAAGUCCGGUUAAUGUUGAGGUGAAAUUGACAAAUGUGGAUUUAUUGGGCUUGAGUAAUACUACCAUCACGAAUAUAGAGGGCUUAGCAGCUAAUUUUACUGGUCGCAAUUUCUUGGAAGGUUUUAUACCGAAAAUCGAGCUGAAUGGUAAUUACAGUGCAGAAGGUCAAGUUCUGAUGUUACCCCUUACGGGUAAGGGUCGAAUGCGUAUUGUUUGCCAUAACAUCACUUUUCGUUUCGGUUUCGAUUUGCACCCUCUAGUGAAAUCUGGACAAACUUUUGCCCAAAUUAAUCAUAUAAAAUUACAGGUUACGCCCGAAUUAGUUUAUUUCAAAUUUGGUGGUCUUUUCCAGGAUGAUAAGACAAUGGAGGAUAAUGUGAAUAAAUUGCUUAAUGAUAAUUGGGUUAUUAUCUAUAAGGAAAUGGAUGGAAGCGUAACAAAAUCGAUUAGUCUUAUUAUCCAGAAAUUAGUGAAUGGUGCCUUUAGUAAAUAUCCUUAUGAAGAUUAUUUUCUUAAAUAA